UAUCAGUCUGCCGAUACGUCUGAUGCGGCACGGUCGUCGUAGCGCUCAGCGAUAAAUAAUAGUAUCGACGAUAUCGAUUUACAUAUUUUAUAUCGCGUCGCGUACUUAUACGAAGUGCCGUUCGGCGGUCUGCACAAUAUUAUCACACGUGUACGUGUCCCCAAGCACGCGAGUCGGUGUAUACACACGAAAUCGCACGCAAUGAAAACGUUACUCUGGUCAUGCUGUUGGGCGCUGAUGUUCGCGUCGGUGUUGCGGCCGUCCCUGUCCACGCCGGCGACGACAAACAGCUCGUCCGCGGAACAGCAUGCACGUCGACUGCACGACGUCGGAACGUCUCAAAACUCGACGGCCAUUACGGCGGAGGACGGCGGUGACGACAGCGGUCGGGCCGCCGAUUCGGGAGAGUUGACCGGUGGUGACCGCGGAGAAGACGACGGCGGUGGCGGCGCUAGUGCCGCCGACGGAAGUGCAACUGGCGGCGGCCGGGUGUCCGAACUUUACGAGGAUCUCGAGGACUCUGUGGUGUUCGAAGACUCGGACGGCCACGGUCGCGACGGCGGUAAAUCUCUGGACGACGUUGCCGCGGACCACCAGCCGCUGACCGACGCCGGACCGGUACCGGCCGCGGCUGAGACCAGCGAAUCGUCCGCGUCCGCCGAGGAGUACGACGCCGCGGCCGCGGAUGACGCUUCGCCGGCCGGCACCAGUCCCAUCGGCCACGUCCUGCAGCGGUCGGUCAAGUAUCCCGAGUACGUGCGGUCGUCCAGCUACCGCCGAGGGUGGUCGGGCGGCAACGUCACCCGUCCCGAAGAGCUGUUCCGAUUUUGGGACCCGUAUGAGUGGACAGCCACGCCGGCCGUAUCGCCACAGUGCGCCGAGCACGUGCAACUCUACCAGGAGGCCCUACGCAACGGCAAGAUGUGGGCGUUCAAAAUGUCAGAUGCUAGUGGACAUUACAGCAGUGGUUAUUUCUGGGGAAAUACGUUCUGGUUAGGAUCGAAAAGUUUGUGUACAGAAAUAUCAGAAUAUGAUAAAGAAAUACCUUUCAAACUUGGAUUCAAUAUAGUAAAAACAUACAUCGCCUUAAAAGCACCUAUUAAUUAUACGGAGAGGUAUCAACACUUAGGAUUGUGUAUGCCGUACUCGUGUUCCAAAGAAGACGUGGACGAGAUGGUCAAUCAAACACUACAUCAAGACAUCCCCGAAAGAGAUGUCAAAGUUGCCAAAGUGAAAUCACCUCACGAUUACUACGACUUAUUUAAUGACAAAGUUUUCUGGCUCCUCGUAAUAAUAUCGGCCACGACCGCGGUGUUCCUGAUAAUAGGAACAAGCUUGGACGUGUACUUAGAAAAAAACAACCGUAACAAAAUGAACGGGUUCAUGUUUGACAAUUAUAGAUACGCUGUCAGCAGUGCCAAAUUACAGCCGCUCUCUGAACAUUCCAAAAUCGAUUUGGAGUCGGAAUCUUCAAAGAGUUCUGAGAACUUAUCUAAAGCCCAACCGAUGACUUGUACAGCCGUGAACAUGCUGCUGGCGUUUUCGGUGCGAAGAAACUUAAGACAAAUAUGCGAUAAGUCGAUUGGUGAAGACACGAUAUCCACAGUACACGGUCUUCGAUCAUUGAGCAUGGUUUGGAUCGUAUUGGGUCACGUGUGUAUUGUUUCAUUUAAAUACUCGGACAACAUGGAAUUCCGUACCACGGCCGAACGGCAUUUGUUAUUUCAAUUGAUCAACAAAGCGACGUUUUCAGUAGAUACUUUCUUCUUCAUCAGCGGACUUUUGGUUUCAUUCCUCUACUUCAGGACCACGGCAAAAGUGGACGUUAACAAACUGACCAAAACCACAGGUUUUUUAUCCAAUUUUAUCGAGUUUAUUGGACUGCUGAUUUACCGAUUCUGCAGGCUUACUGCACCGUAUUUCUUUGCUCUGGGCGUCGUACAACUGACAAUGAAAUGGUUCCAUUACAAUUCCGUGUUCGACCCCCCGACAGACGAUCACUUAAAUUGCCCCAAAUAUUGGUGGAGAAAUCUGUUGUACAUCAACACUCUGUUCCCCGUUCAAGACAUGUGCAUGCUUUGGAGUUGGUACUUGGCAGAUGACACACAAUUCUACAUACUGGGAGUUAUUCUUCUCAUACUAUCUGUUCGGUAUUUCAAAGCAGCUGCAGUUAUUUUAGUUUUCUGUACGGUCGCCUCGUGGUUCACUACCGGAUAUAUAGCAUACACUAACAAGCACAUGCCAAAUAUUGACGACCCGUUAGCGCUAUUCGACAAAAUCUAUGACAAACCGUGGACGAGACUAGGGCCGUAUUUCGUGGGCAUGUCCAUUGGAUGGCUGCUGUUCAAGACCGAGUGCAAAAUCAAGAUGAACACGCUGGUCGUGAUUACGGGAUGGACCGUUUCGUCGGCGGUGCUUUGCAGUCUGAUAUUCGGUCUCCAUCAAAUGGAUUUACAUCCGAUCGCGGCAGCCGCGUACUCUUCGUUGAGUCACACUCUGUGGGCCCUAUGCUUAUCGUGGACAGUGAUCGCUUGCGCUACCGGACACGGGGGUUACAUAAACAAAUUAUUGUCCUGCAAAAUCUUAAUACCGUUCAGUCGGACAACCUAUUGCGCUUACCUAGUUCAUCCGAUCAUCAUCAGGUAUGUGGUAAUGAAAAGAGACACUCCACUUCACCUGACCGUGGAGACUGUGGCAAUUUUAUUUUUGGGACAAAUCGUCGUGUCUUACCUUUUUGCGUUUAUCCUUUCAAUCGCAUUUGAAGCACCGAUCGUGUCGCUGCUGAAACUCGUGUCACCCACCAAACGGAACAACCACUGAUCAUUUAUAUUUUCUGUAUUUCAUUUCAUCGACGUCUAUGCGACUAAGCCUAUUAUUUUAUUUUAUUAUUGACUAUUGUAUAUUACUCGUGACUCGUCCACCAACGCGACGCACUCGAAAACACGUUUUUCUCAUCACGACAACAGACUACAAAUUCGCAAAUUAAAAUAAUAGUAUUUACUACAUAAUUAUAGUGGCGAGUGAACAGAGUAUUUAUAAAUUAAUUUAUAAUAUAUUUGUAUGUUGAUUAUUGUUUUAAUAAUAUGACAUAUUAUUAUAUUAUAUGUUAAUAAUUGUUGUUAUAUUAAUAAAUAAACGAUUUUUGUUUUAAACAAUUAUAUUUUUACGGACUAAAAAUGUUAUUGAUUCAUGAAGUAUGUUGUAACUAUUAUUUACGAAUUAGGUUAUUCAUAUGAUGUACACAUCUUUUUUUAUAUACGUUGUGUUAAUUUAAUGUAACAAAUUAAUUAUAAUUUGACAGUAGAUAAUAUGUUUAAGUACCUAUAUGAUAAUGAUGCACUGCUUCCUAAAUCAUAAAAUAUUGUUAAAUAUAAUUUCAUUGUGUAUCUUUUAUUUGUAACAUUUGAAAAAAUAUACGUAAAAUGUAAUUUA